GUAAGCGUCUCUGCCGCGCGGUGAUGAUGGCGGUGCGUGAACGCGCAGUUCAAGUAAUGGCUGCUCUGGAUCGGCGAGUGCUUUGUCUCGACGACUUCGUGGGCCAAAGCUGGAGUGCCUGGGCGGAAAGGGCCGGCCUGACCGCCGCGGACGGGUCCGAUGGGGAAGACUGCAGCAAGAAUGGCAAGAAAACGACGGAAACCAUGACGUUAAGGAAGGAGGAUAUGUCCAUCUUCGGGCACUAUCCUGGACACGAUGACUUCUACCUGGUGGUGUGCAGCCAGUGCAGUCAGGUGGUGAAGCCGCAGGCCUUCGAGAAGCACUUUGAGAGAAAGCACGGGCCUGUGGGGAAGCUCUAUGCACACCUGCGCUCCACUCCACCUGCCGCCCAGCAGCGGGCGCACUCCCGCCACGGACACACCCCUCCCGCCCCGGGGCACGGGACGGCCUCGUGGAGUGGCAGGAGUCAGGGCUCUGGUGGACCCCCGCGGCCGGCACCCCAGUCUCCCUCCACGCCCCCUCAGUUCAGACACAGCAAGACGAGCAAGGACGCGGUCCGGCUCUCUCCUCUGGACAAGACCUCCAGCUCUGCUCACUCAGAGUCCUCAGUCUUCAAGCAGCCUCCACCUUUGGAACCUCCUCGAAACUCUCCUCCUCCAAGCCUAAGAGACCCACCCUGGCCUCACGGAGGACCCUCGCCCAGCCGACCUGCGGCCACGGAGAAAUCACCCAGUCAGAGAGCGGAGACCGGCUCUUCCCCUGCCACACCUGGACACGCCCGAGGUUCCAGGCCUCAUAAAGUUUCCAAAAAAGAAUGUGACCUGGAUAAACACUGUGGCGUGUUGGACCCAGAGAGGAAGAAAGUUUGUACUCGGCUCUUAACCUGCAAUAUCCAUUCGGUUCACCAGCGGCGGAAGGUCAUGGGCAGAAGUAAAAACUUUAACCAGCUGUUGGCGGAGAUGAAGAUGGGUUCCAAGAGUCGAGACCGGGUAGCGCCGUCCCUCGAGGGCCCGGCUGCCCCGCUCCCCGCCCAGGAGACUCCCAGAGAACCCACCAACUCCCCACACUGCAGGAGACCGCUGGCCAACUCUCCUGCCUUCAGAUUAGAAAACAGGACGCGGACGCUAUCUGAAAGCGCCCCUGAGGAGGAGAAAGCUGUUCGGGAGGAGGGGAGUGCACGUGCGCCUUCACCCCUCACUCAGGGCCGGAUCUCCAGCGACGAGAGCGAGGGAGAGGCUGCUGAGGAACCCGCUGACUGGCACUCCAGCCCGUGGCACCCGAAACCACUCGCGUACUGUACAUUUGGCAGUUGUGCUCUGGGCCAUGGCAUCUUCACGUUUGACCGACGGUUACAUCAUCUACGGUCUGCAGUGAGUGCCAUGGUAGAGAGCCACCUCAGCGCCCACCUGUGGAAGAAAAUACCUCAAGCGUCAGAUCCUCAAUCCCACAGUCCCUCGGCCAAGCCUUCAGCUGUUCCUGCCUCUCCUUCCUCCACUUCCCAUCAUUCCAAGUCUAAGGCAGGAAAUCACAGCUCCCCCUCGGUCAAGACUUCCUCGUACUCCUCCCAGGGACCAGGCAAGGAAGCCCACUCACAGAGUUCCUCCACCAGCAAGGCCUACAGUCAGUCUGAGAAGUUCGGGGGCGGCAGCCAGUCGGCGGCGGCUCACUCCAAGCCCACUCGGACAGCCAGCCAGCCUGGGGGUCCGGGGCGGCCCAAGAACCCCGUGGGCCGACCCAGCAAGCAGCAGCUGCGCCUCAGGGAUACGGAGCCGGCUGCGUCUGCAUCUGCAGCGGCUCCACGAAAGCGGAAAACCUCUCUGAGCGAGGCCGACACGGUCAGCCCGGACAGGAACUGUCUGAGCCCCGACAGAGACAGAGAAAGAGACAGGGACAGGGUCCGGACGCCUGUGUCCAGCAAAACAUCCCCAGCACCCAAUCCAGCUUCAGUACCAGACAGACCAAUGCCUCCAUCUCACGGACAAACCAACGGCUCGCUGUCCCCGGGGAGCAAGCCACCCCGGCCGCAGCUGGGCCCCUCCUCGGCAGAGUCGCCCCACGGCGCCUCGCCGUGGCCAUUUAAACGGACUCACACCUCGUCCCCUGACCUGCACGGCCGGGGGGGAAACUCAGGACACCACAGCAGGGUUCCCGGCUUCGAGCACAGAGGCCUGGGGAAGAAGCGUAAAAGCAGCGACUCAUCGCCUCCCUCCAAAGCCCACCGGCUACCCACCCCACCUCACGCCGGCUUCUACACCUGGAAAGAAAGCAAAGGGUCGGCACUACCCGUAGGAGGGGAGAAGAAGCUCAGUGCACCGAAGCCAAAACUGCAUCGCUGAGCAGGCCAGCCUUCCAAGCCACUAACUGAGGAGCCCUGCAAAACUGUAUGGACUGUGGACACGAGACUCCAAAUGUGUGUGUGUGUGUGUGAGAGACUGGUGUGUGACUGGUUGUGUCAGAAACUGACAGGCUGGUUGGGAGACGAGUCUGGAUGUGUUAGGUCAGUGUGGAUGAGAUUUGUUUUGUUAUUUUUCUUUGGCCAAUAAAUGAAUGUCUGUGAGCAUGGGAGAGUGUAUGACAGAAGAUGGGGGAGUGAAUUUCUCCGUAAAUUCAGAAAUACCUCACAAUCUACUGGAUAUGCUGCUAUAUAAAUGUUGAUUUAUAAAAUGAAUUAAAAUAUUCUUUAUACUUGA